AUGGUAUGUUGUGGUGAUCCUUUCACCGUAGUCCAUGAGAUUUCCAAUGAAGGGCCUCUUGUUAAUUCGCGGUGGUGGUGCAUCCACCUUUGGGAGGCCCCGCCUGGAGGGGCUGAGUGCGCGGGCUCCAGGGGGGUGCGGGGCGGGGGCCCAGCCGCCAGGCUGCCUUCCUUCCCCGGGAUGCGGCCCAGGAGUCCUGGGAUGCAGGCCGGCCCGUGUCUGCGAACGUGCAAGACACCUUGGUCAGCGCUCCCGUCCCUGGCACGCCCUGGAGGCCGUCGCCGCGACCCGCGCUCGGGCGGGCACCACCUGGCGGGCGUGGCCCGGCCCGGCCGGAGGAGGGCGCAGCGCUGGCGCCACGGGCGGGGACAGGUGCCCGGGCGGGGCGCGGCGGGGCGGGGCGCGGUGGCGGGGCGGGCCGACCCGAGGCCCCAAGCAGCGGCGCCGCCCGGGCCUCAGAGGCCGCAGAGCGCGGCGCCCCGCCCGGCCCACCGCGCCAUGGCCUCGCGCGCCCGGCGGCGCCGCCCGCUGCCCGCGCUGCUCGCGCUCUGCGCCCUGCUCGGCCCGCUGCAGGUGACUUUUCAGAUCACCCCUCCGUGUAGCAGUGAGAGGCAUUAUGAGCAUUUUGGACGAUGCUGUCACAAAUGUGAACCAGGAAAGUAUAUGUCUUCCAAAUGCACUACUACCUCUGAAAGUGUAUGUCUGCCUUGUGGCCCGGAUGAAUACUUGGAUACCUGGAAUGAAGAAGAUAAAUGCUUGCUACAUAAAGUUUGCGAUACAGGCAAGGCCCUGGUGGCCGUGGAGCCCGGCAACCGGACGGCCCCGCGGCGCUGCGCCUGCACGGCCGGCUACCACUGGAGCGACGACUGUGACUGCUGCCGCCGCAACGCCGAGUGCGCGCCCGGCUUCGGCGCCCAGCACCCGGUGCAGCUCAACAAGGACACGGUGUGUCAGCCCUGCCUCGUAGGCUACUUCUCCGAUGCCUUCUCUUCCGUAGAAAAAUGCAAACCCUGGACCAACUGUACCAUUCUUGGAAAGACGGAAGCACAUCACGGGACUGAUAAAUCAGAUGUGGUUUGUAGUUCUUCUCUGCCAUCUAUGAAACCACCAAAUGAACCCCAGAUUUACUUGCCCAGUUUAAUUAUUCUGCUUCUCUUCAUAUCUGUGGCAUUAGUUGCUGCUGUCAUCUUUGGUGUUUACUAUAGGAAAAAAGGGAAAGCACUGACAGCUAAUUUGUGGCACUGGGUCAAUGAGGCUUGCGGCCGCCUAAGUGGAAAUAAGGAGUCCUCAGGCAGCAAUUUUAGCAGCCCUCAGAUGGAAGCCUCUAGUCAGCGUGAAAUUUGUGAAGGUGUCUUACUGCUGACUCUGGAAGAGAAGAUGUUUUCUGAAGAUAUGUGCUGUCCAGACGAUGGUGGUGUCUGUGGGGGUGCGUGUGCAGGCGGUGGUCCCUGCGCACGGGGAGAAGACGCCAGGAUGCUCACCUUGGUCAGCGAGAUUGAGGUGGACCCCUUCAGGCUGAUUCCUAUGGAAGACGAAUACGUGGACAGGCCCUCCCAGACCCCAGAUUCUUUACUGUUCCUCACUCAGCCUGGAAGCAAAUCCACACCCCCUUUCACUGAGCCCCUGGAGGUGGGGGAGAAUGACAGUUUAAGCCAGUGCUUCACUGGGACAGAGAACAUGGUGGAUUCCGAAAGCUGCAACUUGGCCGAGCCCCUGUGCAGGACUGAUUGGAGUCCCAUGUCCUCCGAAAAGUACUUGCAAAAAGAAGUGGAGGGUGGCAGUUGCCCUCAUUGGGCAGCCAGCUCCAACUCUGCAGAUGGCUGCACAGGCUGCGGGAACCCUCCUGGGGAGGACCGGGAACCUCACAUGGGUUCCCCGAAAAGUGGACCUUUGCCCCAGUGCGCCUGUGGCAUGGGCCUCCCACCUGAAGAAGCAGCUGAUGGGGCAGAGGCAGGAGGCCACCCCGUGGAUGGGGCUGAUGCAAGGCUUCCCAGCUCCGUGAGGGGAGGCCCUGGGUCUGGAAGCCCCUGCAGUGACCAGCCACCUGCAUCUGGCAAUGUGACUGGAAACAGUAACUCCACGUUUAUUUCCAGCGGGCAGGUGAUGAAUUUCAAGGGCGACAUCAUCGUGGUCUACGUCAGUCAGAACUCCCAGGAGGGCCCGGCGGGGCCGGGCGGCGGCGCUGGGGAGCCGGUGGGCCGCCCGGUGCAGGAGGAGAGCCCGGCGCGCUGCGACUCGUUCGCGGGCCUCGGGCCGCGCUUCCCGGACACGUGCGCCGGCGCCCCCGGGCCCGACAAGGCCUCGCGGCCGGUGCAGGAGCAGGGCGAGGCCGAGGCCCGCGCGCCCGGGGCUUGGCGCUGAGCGGCCGGGAACCCACUGCGGGCCACGGCGCCCCACGGAGCCGCGAUGCCGCCGGGCGGCGCCGACCUCCAGCCCACGCAGCCCGCCCCCUGCGCCGGCACGACCGGGACCGCGUCCCUACCCG